UUUAAAAUUAUCCCAUAAUUUACUCACCCUCAAGCCAUCCUAGAUGUAUACGACUUUCUUCUCUUUUUGCCAAACACAAUCGGAGUUACAGAGGUCACUCUUCCACUGGAAUUCAACUUGCAUACAGCCGUUACCGGAAGCCAGUGAUUAUAGUUUAUAAAGUUAUAAAUAUGGAUAUUUUUCUUACAAAAACUCAUCACUUCACUUCAGAAGGCCUUUAUUAACCCCAUGGAGCUGUAUGGAUUACUUUUAUGAUGGAUGGAUGCACUUUUUUGGGCUUCAAAAUCUAAGGUACCAUUCACUCCCAUUAUAAAGCUUGGAAGAGCCAGAAUAGUUUUCAUUUUUGGGUGAACUAACCCUUUAAUGGCCAAAAAGGUUUUAAUCUCUAAUUGUAAAUGCCAAUUCACACUGCACUGACAGACAGCAACAAAAACUUCAUCAAGUUUUGUUGGAUCAGUGUGUUACCACAGUCUGAGUCUGUUGGCAUCUGUCGGAGCUUAUUUUCACAGAUUGAAACAUGCUGAAUCGGAGUUUAAAUGUCUGAGAAGUGACGUACUGUAAUCUGGUGACUGUCGGCGUUAGAAUGCAUCUGACAGUGCAGUGUGAACUGGCCUUAAUAUGAGCAAUAGUAAGAGUGAGGCUUGCCUUAAUAAACACAUCCUAUAAUACAAACCAAUGUUGCUUGUGUUCCCUUAACAGAGCUGCUGUGUUUGCAUGAAUCACUCAAGGUAAAGUGUGACUGUGGCACUUGAAGUUGUCAUCAACACCGCUGUGACUCACGGCACUCUCUCAUCAGCCCUGGUCAUAUGGACAGUGAUAAAAUGCCUUUCUCUUCAUUUAGCCCGGCCACAGGAUCGUGUGAAGAGAAUCGUCCAUGUGCCCAAACCACACCACACCUAAGUCUGAAACAAGGGAGCUGCAAAACUGCAGAACGCUAGUAAGUGAUAAAGACACCCUGUGCAUCAGGGUUAUCACCUGAGAGAGAGUGGACCCUUCUACGACCUGGUGUUAGAAGACUGUCUGACUACACCCUGACAGAAUCCUGGCUGAGAGAAAGAGCCAGACAGCAGACGUUCCUACACACCAAUGACUGUUGCAUGCAUUUCUUUGUGCUGACAGUCAACCAUGGGUGACUGGAGUUUCUUGGGCAACAUCCUCGAGGAAGUAAAUGAGCAUUCGACGGUAAUCGGUAGGGUGUGGCUCACGGUCCUCUUCAUCUUUCGAAUCCUCAUCUUGGGCACAGCCGCGGAGUUCGUGUGGGGCGACGAGCAAUCGGAUUACGUGUGCAACACGCAGCAGCCGGGUUGCGAGAACGUUUGCUACGACGAGGCAUUCCCCAUCUCGCACAUUCGCCUGUGGGUACUCCAGAUCAUCUUUGUUUCCACACCCUCUUUGGUGUACGUGGGCCAUGCUGUCCACCAUGUACACAUGGAGGAGAAGCGCAAGGAACGGGAGGAGGCUGAGCUCAACAGGCAGCAAGAGAUGAACGAGGAGAGGCUGCCGCUCGCGCCCGAUCAGGGAAGCGUCCGUACGGCCAAAGAGACGAGCACAAAGGGCAGCAAGAAGUUUCGUCUAGAGGGCACUCUCUUGAGGACCUAUAUCUGCCACAUUAUCUUCAAGACUCUCUUUGAGGUAGGCUUCGUGGUGGGCCAGUACUACUUGUAUGGCUUCCGAAUUCUGCCGCUGUACAAGUGCAGCCGUUGGCCGUGCCCAAACACGGUUGACUGCUUCGUCUCAAGACCUACAGAGAAAACCGUUUUCAUCAUCUUCAUGUUAGCCGUGGCCUGUGUCUCGCUUUUCCUCAACUUUGUGGAAAUCAGCCAUUUAGGCUUGAAAAAGAUCCACUGUGUGUUCCGUAAACCGGUGCGGCCGCAAGUCGAGGGACCAGGGGCAGCCGAGAAGGCCUUGCCUUCCAUAGCAGCCUCCUCCAUCCAGAAAGCCAAAGGCUACAAGUUGCUAGAGGAGGACAGAGCCACGUCGCACUUCUUCCCCCUGACUGAGGUAGGGGGGAUGGAGGCUGGCCGGCUGCCGGCUCCGUACGAGCCAUUUGAGGAGAAAUUGGACGAGCCGACCACACCUAAAAAAGACGUGUCUAAGGUGUACGAUGAAACGCUGCCCUCCUACGCCCAGACGACCGUGAUAGGACCGAGUGUAGCGGCGGGAGUUCUACGAAGGGAUGAAGAUGAGGACGAGAUGGCCGUCGAAGCCGACGUGGAAGCCAGCGAGACGAUAGAAGACACGCGACCGCUCAGCAGCCUGAGCAAGGCCAGCAGUCGGGCAAGGUCAGAUGAUUUGACGGUAUAAAUAAUAUAGAACUGGAUUGGAAGAGCAGCAGUAUAAAUUGUAGUUUUGGGAAAAGCGUAGAAAGUAACAACGAGUGAGAGAAUGAAAGAGGUGCCUUUAGGCAACUGCGACGACAUUUAUAAUACCAGCUUGUAAUUUUGAGGAAGAAAACAAUUGAAAAAAAAAAUAAUGCUGUGCAAUUUUCAUGAGGAAACUUGAGAGCUUGAUUCAUUUUUUUAUACAGCAGUAUUUUUUGUACUGUUUAUAUCAAACAGUUAACAAACCAAAGUUAGAGAUCUGCAGCAGCUAGAUCUACGUCGGGAGGAGUUGGGGGAACUUAUUUAGCAAAAACGUGCUGUUUUUUAAAAGUAACAUUUUCUAUCCAGAAUUUUACUUAUCGAAGGUGAGAUUCUGAUGUUUACAUUUUUGGAUUAGCCAUUAGCUGAAUGUUGUAUGUGAUAUUUUGUUAUUAUUCUGAUAAGAAAAACUGUCAGGGCAUCAUCCUUUUCACCUCAACGAUUUCAACCACACAUGAUGAUAAAUAAUCAAUCUUAUUUUGAUUUGUAUGUGAAUGGUACUGUAAUGGAUAGGUGUAUGUGUGAGGUGAAACAUGCUGAUAGUUUCGUUGCACAGUCGUUCAUCAUGGCAUACUAGCAAAAUAUAGACUAUUUAUUUAAAAGAAAGACCACCGCUGAUAAACGUUAAACAUAAUACCUUGUUUCUCGUUUCAGUAACUUACAUUAGGAGUCUCUUGAUUUCAUAAACCAUAAUAGGUUAGAGUGUCUCUAGCAAUAACUGUAAUAAUAAUUGCAUUAGCCAUAGAAAAGAUUGUAGGCCACAUUCUUUCUAGUCUCUCUGCGCAUGCAGCCAUGAUGAUGAUGAUAAAGAUCAUGCCCAAUCAGCACAAAGUAUUGUUCAACAAGAGACAAUAAAACAACAUUACAUGACAUGUCACCACAGGCAGUCUGACAUACUUGAUGUUGUUGGGAACAACAUUUUCACACUUUUGCCCUCCAUGAUGCUUCAUUUAAAUUCAAAAUAUAUUAAUGGGCAAGAACAGAAGCAUUUCGCCCCUUUAUUGACUUACCAUUUGUAGCAGAGACAUGUCUUUUGUUUUAAACUAUGCCUUAGAAUUUAGUAUGAUAUAUAGAAGAAAAAAAUGUCAUGUAAGAGUUUCAGCUUCCAAUGAUUUAUUAUUUAUUGUAAUUAUUACUCCUGGCCAAUUAAAUUGUCCCUUUGUUUGUAAAACAUCCACAGUUCUACCAAAGUCAUAACACAUAAUUUACCGAAACUUAUAAAAAAAUCUUCAUUUCACGUCAAAUGAGUGUUUAUGAUAACAGGUAUGUCAAAAGAGUUAAAACUACCUGCAUUUUUUUCAUUUCUUUUCUCCUCUACCCUGCUAAUGGUUUCAUAUUAAUUUGGUUUCGAAUGUAAAAUUGUUUCAUUUUAUGUUGUUGCCAUGAAGAGAAGAUAAACUUUUCCAGAACCCAAAGAAGUGACUGGAACUAGAAUCGAAAGGCAAAUUUUCUGUACUUUUUAGUGGCUAUAUAUUGUAUGUGAAGGUGAUUUCGCCAAGUACAUGUUCCUGGAUCAACAUUUCAAUCAACCAAUCAGAUUUGAGGGACAAGUUUACAGUUUAUGUCAAGUUUAGGCUUACAACCAGGGUUAGGUGCUUAGUGUUAUUUACCUAUAAUUUCCCUCUGAUUUUAGGGAUAAGCUAUGGGUAGGGUUAGGUUUAAGGGUAGGGAUAUGGUUAGGACUACAUUUUCGGACAGGAAUGCUGUUCCAGGAUCAACAAAAUAUGUUGACCCAGGAACGUCUUACUUGGCAAAAUCACACUGACCAUUAUUUAAUGGCUAAAACACAAGAUGCUUGGGCAGACUGUAAAUUUCACACGUAAACAGCAAAGGUCAUAAAGUAGGUCAAAUAAAAAUGGCAGAAGUAAGACAACCCUGACAAACAGAGGAACGGUUAUCAUUUUGCCUCCUAGUUACUGUACUAAUGUGAAGGAUGGCACUGUUUAUUCACAAAGCAGAUGUUUAACAGCAGUCAUUAAAGGGUUUGUCUCCUCUGUUUUGUGUCUCUGAUAAACAGUUCUUCACUGUCUUUUUUUCUGAGAGCUGGUUUGUGGAAACAACAAUGAAACGGUGAGGGUUGUUACUGAUAAGAUAAGAGCAUGAGAUUACUUCCUAGACAAGCUUGCUUUCAAUAUCUGCAAAAUUCAAAUCGAAACAGCCCCAGUGAUGCACACCAGCACAAGGGUUACGGCAGAGGACUGGUUCUACAUUUCACUGUAGUCACAGAGUUUGAGCAGACAGUGAUCAACAGUUUGCCAAAUCAUAAAAGAACAUAUCAGAUUUCAGGAUAUGAGAGUAAAUCUGAUUGAUUAUUGGUACUUAACUGUGGUUUUCAAUGGCAAAUUGUUCUGAUAAGUAACUUCAAGGCCUUCUGGCCUUUUUUUUUUUCUCUUUUACACAUCAUUUAUGAUUUCUUGAAAAAACAAAACACUUUUGUUUUUUACUAAUUUGUAGUCCUUUACUGCAGAAAUGAUUGUCAGUUGAAACCUGUGGAUAUAGCCAAUAAAAGGUCAU